AGUGUCUGGGUUGUAAAGGUCGAAGAAGCUUCUCUAUGAUUUGAUGUCAUCCUAAGUGAAACUGUGGCUGCAGCUGGUUUGUGAGAACUUUCAUCUUAUUGUUCAACAGUUGUUUCGUAAUCCCUCAUAAAUUUAAUUGGUCCCCUAUCCUGGAAUUAUCUAGUUAGAGACCAAUUCCAUACGUCUGGCUGGAUCAGGCUUUCGCUUAGAUCUCGUUUUUAUUAUUGUUAGCCAUUACGAUAGAGGGUUUUGUCGUGCAGCACUCGUCCGUCUAUUCACGAGCCCAUAAAAAUGGCGUCACCUGCAAGUGAAGCAGUUAGAAGCUGUAGGAAACCUUCUUAAGUGAAGUCAUGUCGCCAUGUUGCAUUUUGCUUCAUCAAGCACCGAUGUUGUGCUACUAAAUGAGCUGAAAUAUCGUCAUCCGUUAUCGCGACAAGAGCCUUUAAAAUAGCAUCUUGUGGCUAUAUUGUAGGCCCACAUAUUAUACUGAUCUAAUGGCUCACAACACUUCCAAGUCACUAUUUAAAGGAGUGCUAUUCGUUUCCUCUGCAGCUCCACGAAUCUAUCUCUGAAAUAAAGGGGGGAGGGGUAAGUUUUAAAAAAAAAAACAGUUGCUUUGUCGGUUAGGUUAUUACAAGAUAUUUUGGUUUUAACAACUGAAUGGUCACCAAAGCUGACGUUUCGAGCGUUAGCCCUUCGUCAGAGUGAACUAUGUACAGUCCAACCAUCACAUAAACCACGACAAUUUGCUUGAGAGGCGUUUUUCAAUUAAAAAAAAACACUUUGCUAUUUACUCAAAAAAAAAAACGUGAAAAUAUGCACGUUUUUAACAUCUACAUUUAUUUUUCCCGUCACGAUUCAGUGUUGAUUGCAUAACAAACUGCUAAAACCCUCAAGGGACUUAAACUGGAAAAAUAUACGUUUAUUUAGCUUAGGUAGCACUACAGUUCAGUCGUAUAAGAUUUACCACAAAAACACAAAACAAAACAGAACGAGGCGACUGUCUACUCUGAUAUAACAUUUAAGGGUCCGUGUCUCUGUUCUGGUGCUCUUCAAGGUUCAAUUGAGUUCUGUCAGCCAUGUGUCUUAAUCUCUUUUAACUGAGAAGAAAGCCCCUUGUUUACUUGUCUACGAUGCCAUGUUGCUUGUCUAACUUAUUCCUUGGAGGGAUAACAGCCGAUCUGUGACAUGAUUUAUGCCAUCGAUUGCAUAACAGACAGCACGGUUAUUUAGCUCAGGAAACAUCAGCUCUCAAAAAAGAAACAUAUUUAUCCUUUCUGUUGCAUUUAAAGUGAGUACAAUUUUCUUCAUCCCGGGGUAGAGAUCAUAAAAGGCAGAAGGCUCGAGCAAGGAAAUUAAAACAACUUAGCUAGGUAGUUCUCUUUCCACUUCACUCACGGCAGGGAAGCCACGAUUGUAACCUGCUGACGGAUGAUGGUCAAGCGUGGUUACUUUAGUAUUCGCCUCACUUUUCAGGGUUAUGUAUCAUUGAUAACCGUCUUCAUACAAUGUCCUCCAUACAAUGCUCGACUUUCUUACGAGUGUGUUUUGAUGUGCUAUAAGCCUGAGACAUGAAGCGGAUAUUACAUAACGACCUUUAUAUACAAAUUGAGAUAACUGGAACGAAUGUUCUUCAACAGAAAAUUAAUACUUAAUCGCAAAGUCGGUAAAUUUUUCUAGGCUUUUCUGAAAACGAGACUUUAAGCUAAAUUAGGCGAUAAAUUUCGCAUAGUCAGAAAUGCAAUUUUUGAUUCCAAUUUAUGUUGCAUAGCUCUUGAGAUUGUAGUUUCAAAAUAUAUGGAAUUUUAUUGCGAAAUCUUUCCUAAUUGAAUACGUACUGGAUUGAGCUAAUAACAAAGGGUUUCACCAUUUCCACAGGACAUCCCAGGCCCCCGCGACCAGAGAGGCGGAAGAUUUUCAGAACGUGACUACGAGCGUGCUCAAAGGAACUUCAUAGUAAAUUUCACUCUGACUCUCUAGCCAGUAGCGAUGGUUGUGUUUCAGCCAAGUGGUAGACACGUUCUUCACUCUUUAAAGCCAUGCGAUCUCUCGUCUUGUACCAAGAGGUAAUCUUCCUUUUCGUUUGCGAAUGCAAUGAUAAUCACAUUGAUCGUCGCUACAUCUCGCGCGGCAAAAGUUAAUAUUGGUUACCGUUUUUGAUGUUUUGCAGAGAGAUCAAAGAAUACUUCGAAAACACCUACGACCUGUACGAGACAUUAUUCACGAGUCUAAAAGGUAAGCGGUAGCUUGUGUUCUCCGACUUCUGUUUCUUGUUUAAAUUCGCGGUUCCUUGUUCCGGCCCCUAGCCACCAGAUGGCGCGCGUCAUACCAACUGGAAGACGAUGUCUGAAUGUAUAGCAUUUUUUUAAGUAUUUCUCUCUUAAUCAAACCAGGAUUAACACUCUACCCUCAGUAUCCCUCCAUAAAAAAUAUAAAAGGUCGUUACCCAUGUUGAUAAUUUUAUUUACCUGGACUUAUUUCGGCUUGAUACAAAUUUAUUGUGUAUGACUCAGGGUUUUCGACAAAAAGAACUUAUAACACGUGUGCUUCAUGCAAAUCAGGCGACCUUUAAAUUCUCCCAUAGGGACGAAAAAUAUUUUCUAGAACUUUCAGGCGCGUCUCAAUGCGGUAGAGGUGUUAAGAACUUAGUUUGGUUUCGAUCAGUUCUCAGGUGUGAUCCAACAACUAAAAAAUAUUUUGCAGUAUCUUACAACGCCCUCGAAGGUUCGGGUGUGAAAGUGAAAGUCCCGAAAAAAGCGAUGGUCAUGCGACAUGGAUGGUUUCACUUUCUUCGUCUGUGUAAUACAGGGUACUUUUCCGGAGACAAUCGAUAAAAUAGAGUUGCUUGUGGAAGAUUUUAUUCAUCCCUUUUCAACUCGUCUCAAACUAAGCUCAUCCGUUCCCAUCAGAGCAAUUGUGUGCGCUUCACUUUUUUUAAACAUCCCUUUUUAGCUUGUACAUUUGAGCUGUUCACAAGCAGAUGUAUAACAUUUAAACCCUUAAGCAUGCAUAGUUAAUAUUUCAUGUGAAAACACAAUAAUUGUGAAAUGUCCUUUACCCUCGUCUAAAGAAAAAGCAAGAGAAGAGACAUUUGUCGUCGCUCGCUACAUAUUUUUCAAGAGCGAGAAUAAAUGCUCUUCAUGAGCUAACUCAAGAUAACUUUCUUGUGGAUAGAACGUCAAAAUAUAUCAAGUGUGAGAAAUGUUUUUUCAGUGAUAUCUCUUGGCCGCGAUUAAUAUAAACAAAAUAAUAUAAAAAUAGAUGUAUAAUACACAUGUUAAAUGAUUUUGUCACCAUUCAGUAGUGCGACUUUUAUUUUUAAGAGAGAAUAUAAAUCUCAGGAGACUUUUUUGAAGGGUUAAUUUUCCUUCAGAGGCUCCAGAUACUUUAAAACAGCUCUGAGAUUAUUUCCCUUGAGGCACCUUUUCUCAAAUGCAUCCUUCCACUGCAUGUUAAUUUUGAAUAUGACACUUCAAGGUAGCCAUCAUACGUAGCGUGUUCGUUUUGUGGUUUAUUUAGACACCUUUGAUGUUAAACUGUUCAAAUGUUUUUCUUUCCGGUGCCACUAUUUGCCUCCUGGUGUGAUGACUGAGUCUGAAUAUUUAAUAAAAUGCAGAUUUAAAAAGAUUUUCUCUCUGCAAUUUUGUGUUUUGUCUUUUCUGCUUCACUGGUUUGAUGAUUGAUUGAUGUUAACCUGUUCAAAUGUCUUUUUUUCCGGUGCUACUAAUUACCUCCUGGUGUGAUGACUGGCAAUCUGAAUAUUUAAUAAAAUGCAAAUUAAAAAGAUCUUCUCUCUGCAAUUUUGUAUUUUACUGUCUUUUCUGCUUCACUGAUUUUACCACUUAUCUGAAAUGAUUAAAAGACUUUACUUGUUUGUGCUUUUUCAAGUACUUUACAAAAGGCAUCGCCAAAGAUAAUAUUUUUCAUAUAUAUGAUAUAGAGUUUAAUCAGAGCAGAAAGAUAGUUAUCUUAUAAAAUGUGGUUGCCAUGAUUUCCAUAAAUUUAAGCAUUUAAAUUUGUGGGGUAAGUUGUCAAUUUGCUUACCUGUGUUGGGCUGUCUGAUGUAACUAGUUGCAAAAGUCUAUAGCCUAUUUUUCUUGGUCUGAAGCUGAAUAUUACUCAUGCUCUGUUGUUUUCUUGGGUUAAAAUAUCUUCUUCUGGCCGCUUGAUUGCCCAAGUAAUAAGCCUUGAGAGGUGGAAUGAAUCUCUAACAAUGGCGGCCAUACUUCUUAAUCUAAAGACAAGUGUCAUGAUGAAGUUUUGUAUUUCAUGUGAUGUUCCAGAAACUUUUUGGCAACCAUUUUGUGAUGUUAGUUCACCAAAUGGCUACUGUAAAAUAUUGAGCCUGAAGCCUUUAAUGAACAGAGCAGGUAAUUUAGUGUUAACAACUGAGUUGAAAACGUAAAGUAGCCUCCGUAAAGGGUAAAAAAGCUGAUGUUUCGUUUUGGCUAAUGCUCAAAACGUCAGCUUUUUUAACCUUUAGGGUGGCUAAUUUACGUUUUCAACUCAGUUGUAAACACUAAAUUACCUGCUAUACUCUCUCACUGACACAGCACCACAGUUUCUUUAGAAACUUACCCCUUUAUAAUGAACAGAAUUUAAAAACCAAGGAAUAUUAGCCAUUACUGGUUAAAAAGAUUGCUUAAAAGAUAAAAUAUUUAGUGGAAUAACUCUGUGCAAUAGGUGGAGAUAUCUCCAGUCUGUAAUGUCAAAUGGAAAUUCUAAGUUGAGAUAUAGUUGAUAAUAAUAUUUGUACCAAACUAGCAAGCAGCAUAUGCAUGAACACUGUUUCUGUCCAGGUGACACUGCCAUGGGAAUUUAACAUUGUUUUUUUUAAUUCUGUUUUAGAUGAAUCAGCAUUUUACAAAUGCCCAGAUCGUCUGCGUCUUCCUUUGAUAUUUUACUUUGGCCAUACGGCAGCUGUUUAUAUCAAUAAACUUGUUCUUUCAGGCCUUCUGAAGGUAUGCGUCUUACAUGAUAUUCAAGUUGAAUGUUAUCUAUAGUAACAGAAUAGAAUCAUUUUUUAAAGACCAAGAAAUAAAUUUCAGAUUUGGGAGUGUGGGAAGAACCAUAUUUCUAAUUGCAGUUUAUUCUGACCUAGCUGCUUUGACCAAACUAUAUAUGCAACCAGGCAUUUACUUGUAACUUUUUUUUUUAAAACAAAAUCCUGGAAGUGAUCCACUUGUUCCAUCGCUUUAUGUAGAGUUACGAGAAUACCUAUCAGGUAGAAGUUGUCACUUUGAUCUAAUACUAAAUUCUCAUUACUAAUGUACAAGGAAAUAUGUGGCAGCCUUAGAGAAGAGUUAAGGGGUUAAUCUCUAAGUAAUGAGAAUACUUAUCAGGUAGAAGUUGUCAUCUUGAUUUAACACUAAAUUCUCAUUACUAAUUUACAAGGAAAUGUAUAGCAGCCUGAGGGGGGAGGUAAAGAGUUAAUCUCUAAUAAGGGGACAGUGGAGAGGCGAAUUGGUUGAAGUCCUUGCAUCUGAGUUGGAUAGGUUUGUACUUGACUGAAUUAUUUAUCUCACAUAGUUUUUUUUUUUAUUUCAGGAGAGGGUGAAUUUUUUCUUUGAGACACUCUUUGAGACGGGUGUAGAUGAAAUGUCAUGGGAUGACACGGUGAUAAAAAAUUUUUGAUUUAUUAUUUCACAAUAACUUUUGGCUAUACAUCGACAGCUCGGAUGUUGCCUAGUAUAUACAUGAAUUUCCAAUUUGUAAAAUUACAGAUUUCCAUUUGGCAAUUAAAUUACAGAUUUUCCUAUUUCCUUUGUUCUGAUAACCUCAAUAUUUGAGCCAGGGGUGAUAUUGAAGGGAGAAAGGGAGAAAUUGGAUGCUAGUCACUCUUAGGGGUUACAGAGUCUCACUAGUUCACCCCAACAUCAGUAUGCAUAUUCUCCAUACUGUUCUUUAUACAUUUCCUUAAGUGCUGACAAGAAGGAUUUUAUUUACUAUAACAAGUUGAUGAUGACAUUCCCUUUAUUCUUGUGGUCUCAAAUGUUUGAUUAGGGGUGAUUUUCUAAGGAGAAAUUAGAUGCAAGUCACACUUAAGGAUCAAAGGGUUAAUGUGAAAACCACAAUGAGAGAUGGUUGCGUUUCUUUUAGGAGAACUACAGGAUGGGAGGCAGCUUUAAAUGGCCAACAGUUGUUGAAGUGGCAGAAUUCCGCAGGAAAACACGCCAAGUCAUGUUGGAUGUCAUUGAGAACACACCACUGGAACUGCCUGUUACUCAGGACAGCCAAUGGGUAAAACCAUCAGCGUCUUGUUUUAAGGAUAUGGUAGACCUUUGUGGGUGUCCUUAGCAAAAAAAAAAUUUAAUGCGCUAUUUGAUGCAUAACCACCAUAAACUAUAUAUCAUUGAAAAGGUUAUGAAAUUCACUAUUCAGCAAAAAUUCUUUUGUUUAAGCUUUGAUGUUAUUGGAAAGGAAUGGGGUGCCUCAACUUGAAAUAUACAAUAUUGUUUCUUUGAGCAAAUUAAGCACAUAUCAAAUCUGUGUGACUGCACAAAUAAAACCUCUGCACUGACAGUUUGAAUCCUGAGUGGUUGGUCUUCAAAAUUGUGAGGGGAUUUUUCGAUAUUCUUAUUGGUUGCUUUGCAAUUUUUAUGUCAAGUAUGCUGAUCAAAUUUUUACCUAUAUGCAAUUAUGUAGAUUCUCCUCACUCUGUUCCCAUUGUAGCUCUGAGAAUUUGGUAUCUGAUCAAAUCCUUGGUCAGACAACACCUUUUUCUCCUUAUCACCUUUCUGCUUACCAUUUUAAGAAUUAUAUUGAUCACACCUGGGAUUGCAAGGCCUAAUUUUUUUCACACCUUUGAAUUUAUUAAUUUUGGUAUGAUUAAAAGAUUGUGAGUUGAUGAUUCUGCUCUUGUCAGGGAGGGGUAGUGGAAUGUGUUAAGUAUAGUAUUGUUUUUGUUGUAUCCAAGCCUAAUGGUACGGGCUUAUCUUUAUUUUAGUGGGCGGUUUUCAUGGGAUUUGAACAUGAAAGGUAUGACGUUUAAAGGUUAUAAAGAUGUAAUAUUUGUAGCAUUUAAAUUGCUUUGAUUUUACAAUUUGUUUAAUCUAUGGGUAUAACAUGUGAAAUCUUUGCAAGAUAAUUUUAUUGUAUAUUCUACAGACUUCAUUUCAAAUAAGUUAUUAGUAAGCAGCUAGGCAAGAUCUAAAAUACAAUUGGAUAAACUCUGUUCAAUGAACUGACUGUAGAAUAAAAACAGUACAUUUGUCACAAGUUUAGACCUCCACGCCUUGUAACCCUUUCACUUUCAGUAAAAUCAUGUUAAAAUUCCAGUUGAUAUUAUCUUAUAGUAAUUUAAUUCUUAUCACCUGCACAUUCAGUUGACAAUUAAUGCACUGCAUAAUGCUUUAAAUUCAGACAAUUUAGAAAAUUACUUUAAAUUUGAUCACUUUUGGGGAAUAAAGAAAUAAUUUUUUACUCAUAAUAUUAUGUACAUGAAGUUACUUGCAUGUAUUUUGAUAAUACAUGGAUUUUUAAGAGAUCCUCAAGGGUAAGGACACUACUGAACUAGUGGUUGAAAAUAGGACCUGAAAAAAAUUCAGGCCUGUAUAGGAUUUGAAUCCAUGACCUCUAUGAUACUGGUGCAGUGCUCUACCAACUGAGCUAACAAGCCAACUGGGAGCUGGUACCAGAUCCCAGUUGGCUCGUUAGCUCAGUCGGUAGAGUGCUGCACUGGUAUCACAGAGGUCAUGGGUUCAAAUCCUGUACAGGCCUGAAUUUUUUUCAGGUCCUAUUUUCAAUUACUAGUUCAGUAGUGUUCAUAGCUGCGAGGAUAUCUUAAAUUCAUUUCUUCACUGAAUUUUGGUUGCCAAGUAAUACAUGUAGUAUUAACAAUCAACACGUUUUUGUUGCUUUUUGCAAGGAUCCACUUUGAGACCUCAUCAGUUUUGAUUCGUCAGAUGCCACUGGAACUUGUCAAAAAGCCUAAGGGAUGGAAAAAUGGACCAUUGACUACAGGUAAAACUCACAGCUUGUACUGAUAAUUGUGAAAUUCUUUGAGGCAAUAGUCUUGCUAACUUUAUAAUUAUUGGAAAGGUAGAUAACAUGUUGUGGGAGAAAAAUAUUAUGGGAUAGUUUUUGUUAGCCAGGUAGUUAAUUUGCAUGGUUGCUAUGAGAGAGUUAGAUAAAGUUUUCUUUGCUAGUCUGAGUUGCGUAAUUAGUUUAAAAUUUAGUAGCAGAAUAUACUAAAGAACAGUUUUUGUAAAAUCAAAAUACAAACAAUGAGUAAAAAAAUACUGUGUGAUAUUACACACUAAAACAUCUGAUAAGUUAUUUGUUAUCCAACUGCUUUUGAUGCACUUUUUUUAAAAAGUGGGAACAGUCGAGUGGUUAAACAGGUCUUUUUUACAGUACAAAAAAGAACAACUGUCAAAAUAUUGCAGGUUAUUUGUACUCUACUCAUAGUGCAGUUGGAUAAUAAUUAAACCUACAAGGUGUUCCUAUGUAAUAUUAAACUCUAUUGGUCAGUGGUGGGGGCAAGGUAAGGGCCCCUUUUAUAUCAGAACUGCACCCCUUUGGGUCCUAAAAUGUGUUCAUCUCUGGUUCCCAUGAAAAUGGCCUCACCCUAAGGCUUCUGUUGUCCUGGAAUUUGGUCUCGUAAGAAGGUGCCUACAGAUUUGUGCCCAUGCAUAGCUGGAACAGAACACUUGUUAUAUCUCUUCUACCAGUUGGCUGUCUCACAGAGUGAAGUCCGUCCUUCGUGACGUACCGCUGUCCCACAGUGGUGGAAUGAUUCAAACAUUCUCAUCAAAUGUAAAAUGUUUCCUAAGCACACAAUUAUAACUUACAAACACAUACCUGAAGAAAAAAGAGCUUUUAGCUCCACACUCACAGAAGUUAUUUAAUCUCCUCAACGUCAAUCUAUCUUUGAGGAUUAUGCAAAAUGCACCAAAAGUGUCUGUAAGAAAAUAAUUUAAAAGGUACUUUUAUCUGUUUGGAUUUAAAAAAAAAUUGAAAAUCAACACUCAGAGAAAUUGGUGAUAUAAAAAAACAUCUGUUUAAGACAUUGAAAGCAGACUGACUAAUUUCAAAUGCAGACUUAAACUUACAUGUAACAAUGAGAGCAAACAAGAAUGUUCACCUUUUGAUACAAGUUAAUCUCAAAUUCAAUUGGCCCUGAAUUAUUUUUUGAGUGCAACACAAAUUGUAUAAAUUAAAAUAUUGCUGUCAUAGUACCGUGUUACUGUAAUGAAAAGAUAUGCCUGUUACAGAAAAAUACAUUGCACAUUUACAUACCUUUUUCUAAAACCUUUUUCCAAAAGAAGUGACAACUGGCUGUUGCUUCAAAUUUUUUUCACAGUCAUGUGACUGUUUCUUCCAUUUGCCACAGUACCUGGAUAUUUAAAGAAACUCUGAAUGUUUUUCUUACUGGAUUGCAUACCAAAAAGCUGCUUGUUAAAUGCACCCAAAUUUUAUGAAUGGUCCAAAACUCAGAAAUUACAAGACACUUGUGAUUCUUGCCAGGUUUUCUUCAAAAUUUGGGUAUGGGGGAAAAUAAUUACCACAAAAUUGACUGCAUGUGAAGUGGGUUGAGUUGAAGGAACGGUUUGCAGAAAAAGUGGGAUUUGAAGUGAGAAAAAAUUUAUAUGGAAGAGUGGAAUGUAUGAGAUAGCAGAAACUAGAGGGGAAGGGUGGGAGGAGUUGAUUGGGAGGGAAGGGAGGGGAGAGGGGGGUAAUAACAUGUACUGUACUGAGAGGAAAGCUGAGAGGAAUGGUUGAGUGACUCAGUGGUAUUUUUAUUAUGUCCAUCCCUAACCUGUUUCAUUGGAUUUUGUGGUGGGUUCCUAAUAUCCUGAACCUCCCCAUGUCUCUUUCUAAUUUUUGUUCUGAAAACCUGGCAAGAAUUUGAAAAUUGAAGAGGAAAAGAUUUGUGGGUUUCAUUUCCUAAGAGGAUCUUGAGCUCUAUCAUCUCUCCCGAGGGAAUUCCACAUUUCCGGUGUGUGCAGAUAUCAGAAAUAGUGCUUUUUGUAAAAUCAUAUAUGAUACCAACUAUCAGGCGAUCCUGUGUCGUCCAAUCCACUGAUUGAAAUAACAGAGCGGGCUGUGAGCAUGGGCAAACCAGAAAACUUUCCAUCAUAUGGCUGGGACAACGAAUAUGGCGAGUGGAAUGUCAAGUGAGUUACCAGGGUCUGUGUGAGAAACGGUGCAUGAUCAAUAUGAGAAUCAAAGAGUGACCUUUUCCACCUGUAUUUCACUAUCAGUAAAAGUGUGGAAAAACUGACCGAUCAGUUCUCUCUGACCAAUCAGUUUUCAUGAUCAUGAACCACACUGAAAAUCUCCAACUGACAGACUGCAUUCUGCUUUAUAACCUAAGUUUAAUCAUUACAUCAGUCUUUGCUAUGGAUAACAGUCCAUUUCCAGACUUUUUUACUCAGACAACCAGACUCACAAACCAGACUGAAAUCACUCAACUGACAUCGAUCUGUACAGACAAAUUCCUCACUUGAUUUUGAUGAGGACCAACAUCAGUCCUUGCUACGGACAACAGUCUAUCUCAGGACUUCUCUCAACACUUUGACAAUCACACCACAUGAUUAAACAUGUGACUGCCUUCAAGUUUUCAUACCAGCAAAAAUCUGUGAAUGGUGAAAGUUACUCAACAUAUUUAAUCUUAAACCACAGUCGGCAGAAACUGUUAGACUUCAUUGUAAAAAUUAAAUGAUUAUGUCCUUUCAGCUGUGGACAAGUUUUAAUCUUUGUUCAACAGUGCUUGUCAGAUGUUGUUUCAUAAUCCCUUGUUGUACUUUUGUUGUUUCUGUCCAUUGUUUGUUUGUUUGUUGUGGUGGGAAACAUAAUGUGUGUGUCAAGGUUCAUUAAGCUGCAGCAAAUAUAUUUAUUAUUUGCACAUGUUAAAUAAUUUAAUGUUUAGUUAUACAUGUACUUUUUAUUUGUAUAAUUACAAUGUAUGGAAAUUAAGUCACGGCCAGUAAACUGCUUUUUAAUUUAUUGUGUUGCUAAGAAGUUAAAUAAUUAUAUUACUAUUAACAAAUGUAAUGAAAAUUUUGAAGCCUGAGUAUUAUCAAAGUAAGCAACUUGAAAAUGAGUCCAAUUAAGUGAUCAUUCAUAGUUUUGCACUUUCUAUAAGAAACUAUUUUUAAAAAAAUAAGAUCAAAAAGUACCAUUUGUUUAAAAAGUUAUAUGCAAUUCAUAAUUACAUAGCAGUUUAUGUUAAUGUCAGUUAAAAUUAUGAGUAAAAUAUUUCUGUAGCUAAAUAUUUAUUUAAUAUUAAUUUUAAGAAAGAAAAAGGUGAGUGAUGCUUUUUGUGUUUUUUAUGAAACAUAUUUGAUUACGUUACUUAUUUUAGGAUGUCUGAGUCCAUAAGUCAGAUUGUAUUUACUUUUAUUAUUAAAUAUUUUUUGCUGUUGUUAAUAGAAAAACUGCCAGCCAAUUAAUAAUUGAAUGUUACGAAUAUUGUUUGUAAUAACUUUAUUUUUUUCAAUGGUGUCAGUUAACAUUGGUCAACUGCUGUAAUAUUAAAUACUUGGACGUUAAUAUUUUACAUCCUUUAAUAAUGUGUAUUUUAAAUUACUACAUGUAUCUUAUUCUUUGGUGGCUUUUUAAGAUUGAUUGGAAAGAGAUGAAAUAGAAUAUAAAAUUCAAGGGAAUUUUAUCGAUGAAUUAUCUAAAAAAAUAUCUUCUUGUAUGAAGAGUAACAUAAAACUUAAUUGAUAUUAGUAGUACUUUUUUUUUGCUAAAUUAACUUAGCUAUAGGGUACCUAAUAAAUGUAAUAUUUAAUUUGAACUCUUCAUCUUUCAUUAAGUUUGUUGUCAAUGAUAAUUGUGUGUUUAUGUCUUGUCAGUUUCAUUAAUGGCAGAGUAAUUAAUAUUUUUAAUUUCUGAACAUUUUUUGAUGAAGCCAUCUGACACCUGUCAAUCUUUCCUUAGGGUUCCGCCUUUCAGAGCUUCCAAAUAUCUGAUCACCAAUCGGGAGUAUUUGGAUUUUGUCAAUGAUGGAGGUUAUGAAGACUCCAAGUACUGGACUGAUGAAGGUUGGAAUUGCAUACUAGCUGUCUUUAAUCAAGGCUUGAUUUCCAUGAUAAUAAGCUUGAUUUCCAGGUGAAUUUGUUGUUAGGUUAAAAGGCACAAAACAGUUGAAUCCACCCCAAAAUGGAGGGAACAAAUGUGUCAUAAUGAAGUAUCCUAGCUAGAACUACUGAUGUAGAUUUAAAACAUACUUUUUUGUGUUUGGUUUGAUGCACAAAAUUUGCGCUGUUUUUAUCAAUGAUUGUUCAUGUUUUAAUUUUUGCCACAUCUGUCAAAUUUUAAUCCAUAACCCCUGAGAGUGAUGAGCAUCUGAUCUCUCCCCGCAAUAUCACUGUUGGGGCAAACAAUAACCCUCUAAUCACUAAGAGUGACCAGUUUCUAAUUUCUCCUUACAGUAUCUUCCCUGAAUCACACUUUAAGGUUUAUGAGAAUAAAGGAAAUGAUCACCAACUAAAGAGGCUCUUUCGGUGAUUGUUACACAAACUCUCCUUUUCAUUUACUUUAGGAAAUUGACAGAGAACAUUAUGAAGAAUAUGCAUACUGAUGUUAGGGUGUAAACAAUUAUGGUUACAUUGAGUAAUGGAAAUGAUCACCAACUAAAGAAUUCUUCUUAUUUUUUUUUUUUUGUUGUACUUUAUACAAAAUAUAUAUAAAACAGUAUGGAGAACAAACAUAUUUUUGUUAAGAUGUAAAGGGUUAAUAUUGUGAAAAGAGGUUGCAUGCACUUGUUCAUCAUGGUGAACUUACUGGUAGUGAAGAAAACAAAUCACUAUGCUUCACUGUAACUUUCAAAUCUUUUUCAUAACUAAGACUCUCCUCAGGAGACAGAUGGAGAGUUCAGUGAAUUUCUCAUUGUGUUAUAGGCUGGAAUUGGAAACUGUUCCGCAAAAUGCGUCAUCCUACUUUUUGGGUUUGUGGAAAAAAGUGCAAAUCUGGUUGUGGUGGAGACUUAGCAACUUACUCUCACUGUAAGGAAGAAAGUGAUGUCAAUCAUAACAUGAAUGGGCAUUAUAAUGGUGUUGCCAAUGGUGUUGCCAAUGGAGUUGCCAAUGGAGUUGCCAAUGGAGUUGCCAAUGGAGUUGCUAAUGGAGUUGCCAAUGGAGUUGCCAAUGGUGCUGUUAAUGGGUUUGCCAAUGGUGUCUUAAAUGGUGAUCAUCAUGUAAAUAGUGACUCAGAGGAGAUGGAGUGUCCUUACAAGUGAGUCAAAGAGGUUUAUAUCUGGAAAUAGUUAGUGUCUCUGACUCUUAAGAACUGGUUCAGGGGUUAAACAGAGAUGCCAUUUGUUUUGUCACACGAUAAGGAUGCUUGUUGUGCCUCAACACUCAUUGCAGUAAUCACAUUGUGUUUAUUGACUGAAUACCUGGAGGUAAUUGCAUGAAGUUUAUUUUAUUCAUGAUUUAAGUGUAUGUACUGUAACUUCCUAACCUAAGCCUCCCAUGUAAAUUUGACCACUCGCCCCUUAAGUGGUGUUUUAUAUGUUCUUUCUCCUCUCAUAUCUUUUUGCUUGAACAAACAGGUACCGUGCAAUGUUUGAGGUGAUGGAAAUGCCCAUGGACUGGCCUGCAGAAGUGAACUACCAUGAAGCAAAAGCUUUCUGUGCCUGGAAGGGUUCAGACUACCGUCUGCCUACAGAGGCUGAACAUCAUGCCAUGCGCGGACCCCAGGUUAGGCUUUGACAAUCUUAUUGUCAGCAAAACUUACUUCAGUGCCGCUUUUUCUUUGGAGUGACUCACUAUUAUGCUACCAACUUCAUGUGAAUGUCUCGUUUAGUAGAAGCUAUUAGUUAUCAUUAGAAGAGUAAACAGAUAAAACAAAGGGGUUAACCCUUUAACUCCCAAGAUCUGAUUGUUAAUUCUCCCCUCUAGCUGGUACUCAUUUCCUUAUAAAAAGUUAUGAGAAUUUUGUGUUAGAUUAAGAUAAUAACUUCAUUUUGAUAAGUCUGAGUAUUCUCAUUACCUUUUGGCUGGAUAAUUUAUGGAUAUUAUUAGGAAAAUUUAUGAGUAAGUCACUUCUGGGAGUUAAAGAGUUAAAACAGUUUCUUUUAACCUUUCCAUUCCUAAGAUCUCAUAAGUAAUUCUCCUUACUGUCUGCCACACCAUUCUUGUGAUGUUAGUUCUGAGAAUUUGAUAUUGGAUCAACUGAUAAUCCUCUAUUAUCGAUAUUUUUCUUUAUUCUUGCUAUUUGUCUGUCUGAUAUUGUAUUGAUAUUGUAAGGAGAAAUUCCCUCUGGUUAGUCCUGAGAGUUGAACGGUUAAUUGUGUUGUGAGGCAAAAUACUAUUGACGAGAUUUUGUUCAUGAUCAUCUCUGUGCAGAAUGGUCUAAAAGAGAGGUCGGGGAGUUGGGGGGGGAGGUUGCUCACACCCAGCUUGGACUUGCCUCAGCUCCCUCCCCAAAUUAUUCUUGUGUAACAUUUUGUUAGAUAGUCCAGGGUUUUAGUUUAAUGCAGCACUAAAAUGGGAAAAAAAAUAUAUUUUCCAGAAAUCUCCCUCAGAGGGUACUACCUCUGACAUUAUCUACCAGGAUGAUACCAAAGCAAACAUCAACAUGGCGUAUGGCUCUUCCACAGUGAGUCCUUUUUAUCAUUCCUUUUAUUAUUAUAGUCAAUUACAGAAGUUGUUGGAAAGAUUGAUUAUUCUCUUCACUGUGACUGACUCAAAAUAACUAAAGAGUUAUAUUUUUUUCUCGGUUUAAGCCUGUGAACAUGUUCCCACCGACUAAAGCUGGAUUUUGUGAUGUCUUUGGAAACGUAUGGGAGUGGGGUGAAGACCAUUUUAAUGGAUUUAAAGAUUACAAACCUCACCUUUUGUACGAUGACUUUUCUACGCCAUGUUUUGAUGGAAGACACAACAUGAUCAUGGUAAGUUACGUUUCACGGUACCCCCACCCUCCCCCCCUCGCCCACGAGCCCUACUCUUGUGCUUCCCAGGAAUGAUCCGUAUCUAAUCUCUCCUUACAUGAGGAGAAAUCGGAAUUAACGGUGAAUUUAGCGCAAGGGGACUCAAAACUUCAGGCACCUAAACUCGUGGCCUAAACACGUGACUUGAACACUUGUAGACAAAUCAGUAUUCCUUUUGCAGCAAGAUUUUUUUAGCCAAUCACAGAACAAAGUAAAGCGAAACCAAUGUAAUCCAGGAUCUAGGAUCACUUUUAACACCUAUUUGAAAUUUUCUUCGGUUUUCCGGCUAAAUACUUUCUAAUUAUUAAGGACUUAGUUUAGUUUAGACGUUUAGUUUCCGUGUUUAUUUGCUUUAAGGAAUUUUUUUGAUCUGACAACAUACCUAAAUUUGGGGGCUGUCCUGGUGUACCGGUACACGGGGGAAUUCCUAUUGUUUUCACAUCCAUACAUGGAGUUGUGACGCAGUUCGUUAAUGUUUCGUUCCUUUGUGUACCGGUACACGAGGACACAACCUAAAUUUGUAUCGAUGAUGGUAUCUGAGCAACUACACACCCACCCUUCCCCUAAUCCAACAUUACCCCUGACUUGUCGUCAGUCGUUAGGGGAGGGGUGGGUGCAUAUUUGCUCAGAUGCUGAAAUUGAUCCCUAAAUUUAAAUCAAUUUAAAGAAAUUGAAAGCAUCACCACCCCCCGUCCAAAGAAAAAACGUUGCGAUCGAUAAAUGGAUAUGAAGAAAAUCCCUCUACCUUCCCCUCAUUUUAAGUUCGGCUUGUUAUUCUAGAUAUUUAAUUUAACCGCUUCUUUUGAUCAGUUGUUUUUAGACAUUAAAAAUGUUUUUUUUUUGUCAGGGUGGCAGCUGGGUUUCUACAGGAGAUGAGGCAUCACGAUUUGCUCGUUUUGCUUUUCGCCGCCAUUUCGUCCAGCAUCUUGGCUUUAGACUUGCGCAGUCCAUUGCGGAUAGUCCACCAAUACGUUUGGUUGGGACUCCUGUGUUUGUGCUUGGAGUUGGUGUAGAAGGUGGGUACACUAUGGUUAUAACGUUAUUCUCCUUCAGUGCUGAAGCCAUGCUUACCCCUCCCCUAACCCCACCACACCCAACUGAUAGUAUGCAAGAGUUGAGAAUGGGUUAGGGGAGGGGUAGGUGCGCGAAUGUCAGUACCUGGGCAACUGCGCAUCUACCCCUUGCUUAACCCCACCACACCCAACUUAUAAUAUGUUUGAGUUGAGGAUGGGUUAGGGGAGGGGUAGGUGCGCGAAUGUCAGUACCUGGGCAACUGCGCAUCUACCCCUUGCCAAACCCCACCACACCCAACUUAUAAUACGUUUGAGUUGAGGAUGGGUUAGGUAGGGGAGGGGUAGGUGUGUGACUGCUCAGACUCUGAUAUUGAAAGUGGUAAUGAACUCUUUCAUGCGCAAACCUCCAGCUAUGUUUUAGUGGUACAUGUACUCACUUUUAAAACUAAAAGCAAGAACUCGGUGGAUCCACGUAAAGUUGAUUGGGUUGGGAUGGCUGUGGCCACGUACUAAGAGAUUUUGAACACAAAGAGAUUGCUUCUCAUCAGAGGAAAAACUCUUGAAGCAUUUUGCUCUUUUGUGGAACGAUUUAUUUAAUUCUCCCUUACAAUUUGAAGACCAUGUCAAGCCUUUAGGUCAUUAGAAAUAAAGAGAUGAUAUGCGGGGGGAUAUUGUCCUGAUAUAACAUGAAAUUCUCACGAGAAGCCAAAAGGGAAUUUAUAGGCACCAGCUAGGAGAGUUAGCUGUUUUAUCUGCGGAGCUUGGGUCAGCAUCUAAGAAGUUCUUCUCCGAUUUUCUCUGUUUAUCAGUUGUAGUUUCCUGACAUCAGCACAUAUAGUCUCAAGACUGAAUUUGUUCGACAAUCGAGAGCCUCUUGAAAUUCUUGUGCUCCUUAAGUUUCAUUCAGGGAUUGAUAUUAUGAGGAGAAAUUAGAUGCUAGUCACUCAGAAGGGUGAAAGGGUUGAAUGUUUUAGCAGAGUUCUCGAGCUCUCUGGGCCACUGAGUACAUGUAAGUAUCCAUUUGUCAAAUUUGUCUUUUUUGUUCAUUUGUACAUGCUGUUAUUUUCCUCAGACAAUCCUUCGACUGUGCCUGGUGUUGACAACAGUGCAUAUUACUCCACCACCAAUUCACAAUACCAUGAUGAUGCGGAAGAGUUUCUACUGAGCGAAGUCUCGUCUCACUAUGGGGAUCUUUUGGUUAGUUAAUCCAACUAACCAUUAUCGGUUGGGGUGUAGCCAAAGGGGGGGGGGAGGGGAGGGAGAGAGUCCGCUGGAGAGCCCGUGUACGCUCAACAACAUGCAAUUCUUAAAAAUUAAGGUGGUGAAAACGUGCGAAUGCAAAGAAAAUGCAUGGCAGAAAAAUCCUUUCUAUUGCUAUAUAGAAUUCAUUCGCCGCUAUUAUUACGGCGAAACAAGCCACUUGACGCAGAAUGUACAGAAAUCCGUGACCGCCCCCCCUUCCCCUCUCCUUUUAAAGAUCCUUCGUCUCUGAUUGGUGCUCAAAUUCUCCUUGCAUUGUUAAUACCGCACCAAACAGACCGUUUCUGAAAAGUAUAUAACUGAUACUGUACACGACAAAAUUCAAACUUUUCCCUCAAUUCUUGGUAACAGAUGUCUUCUGACUGUUGGUAGUGUUUCAUGGAUCUCCCUGGCGUGUUUAAGGUCACCUUAUGUUUGAUUCACAACUCAAUGUAUGUUUUCAGGGAAUGGACAACAACGUCGAAGAGCAUGAGGAGCUAGUUCAGCUUUGCGUGGAUGUCAUACAGAAGUGUGAAUGCCCUGUUAAGAAGGCUCUGGAAAUCAUGUGCUCUGUAGGACGACUCUCGUAUGAACUGAGCAGGCAUUUUGAUCAGGUGAGUUUGGAAUUUUCGACUUAGCCAGUAUAGAGCAAUUUUCAAUUGAACGUCGAAAGUAAUCCGAGAUUGCGUUAGUUUUGCUUCAUUUUGCUUUGUGAUUGGUCCAGAAAACUCGUGCCACUCUCUUAACCAAUAAGAUGCAAAACUAACAAACAAUCACAAAUUGGUCGCCCGCGUUUUCCCGCGCUUUAGGCAGUUUUGUUGGUUUUACUUCGAGUUCCUUUUGUCUCUUAAUGGUAUUUCCCUCUCUUCCGAUUGGCCGUGGCGAGUACUUUGAAUUUCGUUUUACGACACUCAAUGGAAGACGUUAACCUGCUUUAAGAGUUUUAAGAUCAAAGGUUGUCAAACCAGAGGACCACGGCUACUCAGAACAAAGAAAAAUAUCCGAAGUGAACAAUGAAAAUUCAUAGUUAACACACCGACCCGAAGCCGAUAAAUUAUUAGUAAAAAUUUUCCUCGAAACAAGUGGGGAAAAGACUUAUAAAAGCGUUGUUGUGAGGUAGACUCCCAGCUGCGCUAAGAACCAAACCUUUGUUCAUUUGACUGCAGGAAAAGGCGAAUGCUCGAAACAUCAGCUUUAGAACUCUUGACGGAGACCAAUUGACGCUAUCAACUCAGUUGUUGAAACUAAAUUUAAAAAUCCCUCAUCGAUGCAGCAACACAGUUUCUUUAGAAUUUUAUCCCCUUCAUUCAUUGACUGCCUGAUAUCGUUAAAUUACCCUCUCGGGAAAAAAAAAAUUAUUGUGAUUCCCUUCCUUGCAGGUGAUUGCUAUAGACCACAGUGGUCGUCUGCUCGAUGCAGCCCUGAAGAUUCAGCAAGGAAAAUCCUUGGAGAUCACCAGCGCUCUGGACAAGCGUUUUUCCAGUAUUCCUCUCAACAAGAUAAUAACCGAAACUGAGAAAGUGCUGUUCCAACAGGUUAGAGGCUAUGAUUGUUAGAAUCGGACCCAAUGGUCAAUUCUUUUAUUAUUCGGAUGCUACUGAAGGUCUCUCUCGCAGUCCUUUGGACUUGUCACGGAACUUGCUAGAAAAGAGCAGAUUGCGCGACGUGACCAAACAAUUAAAGGCUGCAAAGGAGAUUUUUGUAGAAUAAGUUGUCCUUCGUUUUUAACCUGCUAAAUAGUUGUUGUUCGUGGUUUAUUUUGAGUUAAUAAAGGAAAGUGCUUUCGGGUAAGAUAAUUUUGUUUGUUUUUUUGAUUUCAAUUGUACAGUUCACCUGGCUGCCAAAUGAGAUUGGUGUUUAUGACGUCAUUGUCAUGCCUUGCCUCCACCGUCUGGCCAAUGUUAAAGGUAAGUGAACUCGCCUUUUUCCUGACAGAAUUCAGUUACAAAUGAGUGGGCGUCGGCCCAUCUUAAUGUCUGCGACUAGAUUUAUCCACCAGCUACUGGGAUUCAACCUGAAAUACUCUUUUACUUUAAAAGUCUUGACCUACCAGAAUUGAUCGACAUGUAACUUCUCCCUAGAAUAUUCAUACAAUAUCCAGCAAGCAGGUAACGAGAAUACUCAAACUUAUUAGUGGGAAGUUUUUAUCUGGAUCUAAAAAUGAAAAUGCUCGUGACUGAUUUACAAGGAAAUGGUAGCAGCUAUUGAAGAGAAUUAUAAAAUCAGAUUCUCGGGAGUUAAAGUGUUAACGGUCUGUUUAUACAGAUAUAACCCAUUUUCGCAAAAUAUGUCUGUGCUGAAUUCUGGAAUAUCAUGUAAAGUUCAAAAGCGAAUUUUUUUUCAUAAUUACGAUAUGCCUUUACCAAGGCUAAAACCUGUGCAGUCACAACAGCCAAUCGCAGUUAGGAAUGACCCAUGUCUUGAAAACUCGUGCGACCCUCUUAGCUAAUCAGAUGGAAGACUAAAGCCAAACACCCCUUGGCCACGCGCGUUUUCCCGCGCUUCAGGAAGUUUGCAUGGUUCACUUUGAUUUAUCAUUGGCUUUUUUAAACUUUUACCUCUCUUCGUGAUAACGUCAGUUUUGGUGUGGCUGCAUUGAGUUGAAAAGGGCUCUAACGGUAAAUGUGUUUUUCCUGUGUUUAGCUUGGUUGAUUCGCCUGUGGGAGAUUAUCAAUCCAAAAGGUCUGUUGAUCAUCAAGACCAACAUCACAUGGAAUCUUGAAUCACUGAAAGCUGUGCUUGGAAACAGGUGAGGGCUGUUUUAAUUUUCCAAACGUAAAUCUGUUUCUUCAUGACGUCGGGCAUAAAUUCUGAGGUGAUAAAUUCUGGCCGGCGACUCACUACGAGUGUUACAUCGGAGCGUUAAUUUUUCAAUGGGGGGAGGGGUGGGAAUAAGUCGGGAUAGCGCUCGUGCUGCAAUUUUUUCGGCCCCUCUUUGUGAAUUUCCUUGAUCCGAACGCAAUUUGUACUUAACCAUUUACACGUAACUGCAUGUACGUUCAGAUCGCGAUCGGUAACGGAACAAUGUUUACAAAUCUCACCAGACUUCUUCUCGUGCGAUGCAAUUACCUAAUUGCACUGACGUGGAAAACUUGACUUAUCAAUGUUCUCUUUCCACCCUCAGAUUUUCUCUUUUGGAGCUCCGCUUGGUGAAAAGCAAGCGAGAAGGACUGCGCAAGUCUGACAUGUGCCACUCAAGUGUUACCAUAUGGAGAAGCAAACAGUAAAUUGCUCUACUGAAACGUUGUGGAGAACAAAAUCAUUGUUACGUUGAAACGGCACUGAAAGAUCACUGAAUAUUCCGGUUUUUCCCUUUAAUGGUUCGUCCAGGUGGCUGCUUGUGUACGAUUUAGUCUGGGGGUAAACUUUUUCGGUGACCAUUAAUCCCUUUUAUCCGACCUUAAAUCCUGGUAUCACUCUAUUCUGAUUAUCAGAUAGGCACCCACCUGAUUUUUUUUUUCUUGUGGCAUGCGGCCUAAAUGAAGACGUCUUUUGUAGUUUUGCCUAAUUUUUCCAGUAGCUAUAAUUUUUUUCCAUCAUUGAUUUUUCUCUAAGUGUUGUCUCCGUGAAAUGGUAUUGUUCCCACAACGAAACCUGGGGUCUCACACUCCAUCAAGUUAUAACGCCAAAUAUUCAGCAUUUUAGGAAUAAAAAGUACCAGUGUAGGAGUCUUUCGAUAUAUAAUCCUUCGAUUUAAACGAGUAGUUUUGAGAAACUGGGAAAAAUGUGAGAACUCUCGCAAAACUGACCAAACUGCUUGAAGCGCGGGAAAACGCGGGCAUCCAAGUCGUAUUUGGUUUUAGUUUUGCAUCUGAUUGGUUGAAGAGUGGCGCGAGUUUUCUGGACCAAUCACAGAGCGAAGUAAAGCAAAAAAAAACCAUUUAUUUACAUUUAAGAUUAACAUUCUUUACAUUUAAAUAUUAAAAGUAAAAAUUACUUUUUACAUUCAAUCGAAAAUUGCUUUAGGUAACUGCUUUGCUACUAAGUAGUUUUAAACUAUGUUUAUUGCCAUCAAUAGAUAGUUUAUCUCUAUAUUUCUAGAGUUAACGAAGUUAUCAAUAACGAAUAUGUUCAAGUCAGAAAGUCGACUCUAAGUUGACUGUAACUUACUUAGCCCAAUGUGGGAAAUUUAUCUUAUCUUAUAUUGCGAUGUUCGUG